GAAUGUUUAUGAACUAUAUUUUAUGAUAUUUCUUUUGGCGCCAGAUUUUCCGUUAACAUCAAACGCAUCGUGUUAAGUGAAACGUUUUACAAAUAUGAUAGACUAGAAUUUUAACACUUGAGUUACAUUAAUUAAGUACUUCAGUUGAAGUAUACAAUUGUUUAUAGUAAAUAGCGUGAUACUUCUUGGAGAAGAUGAAAGUAUUCUUUUCUUAUGUUGCGUGAGAUCGUGUAAGGAGUUUAGUCGCGUUGGUGGUAAGAAAUAAACAGUGGAAGACCGCCGUGAUAGUUGAGCGUUUUUUCUGUGCUAAAAUGGCUUCUUCGUCGUUGAAAAGUACUCGGAAAACUUAUAGCUUCGAGGAACGAGAAAUUUUGAUAACCUUGAUAAAUAAGUACGAAGAUAUCGAGGAUAAGAGGUCCGAUCCGAUAUCGAUGUAUAAACGAAAAUCAGCAUGGUCUCAACUGGCCAACGAAUACAACUCGAUGGUAGGUCCUCAAGCGAUACGUUCGGCUGUACAGUUGAGACGCUGCUGGGAAAAUAUGAAAGCAUGCAAACGGAAUCGUGAAGAGAAGAAAUUACGUGGUAUUUCUAGAAGUUUUUGUCACCUAUCUAAGGAUCACACACGGUCGAAAAGUUGGGAAAAUAGGAAUUCCAUGGCAGAAGUUCCUAUUCCUACUGGAACCGUAGGUUUGCCGCCAAAUGUCGUGUUUGAGCCAAAGGAGUCUGAACCAUUUACGUUGCAAACUGUCUGUACUAUAAAACCGUCAAAACAAUUCUCGAAAGAGGAAAAUAAUUAUAAAGAUUCAGAUUCUGUCAAGAGUAAAAUCGAUUCGAAUUCGUUAUCACACGGCUCAGUAACCGACUGUUUCGACAAAUCCAAAAAGGAUUUGGACUCAUUCAUGGUGGAGAAAUUAGACAAAGACGAACUACCGGAGAAAAAUCGAAUAAUUUUCAAAUCGAACGCAACUCAAACGUUCAUCUCUCCUUCGAUUGUUCACGAGCAGCCUCGAAGGACGAAGAGAUCCCUUCACAAAGAGGAAGAACUGCACGUAUUGGCUUUAUCGGAGGCACAGAUGAAAGUUGAUAUCGCUGCCAUGUUGAAAGAGGAGGCCAGAAUUAAAUUAGAAGAGGCUCACUAUCGUAAAGAAGAGGCGAGGCUAAGGAUGCUUCUUUUUACGUAUAAGCUCGAUAGGAUAAAGGAAGAUUGACUCGAGAGAAUAAAAUGAAUAUACUUACGUACGCUUCGUGCGAUGGCUUUGUUCACUUCUUUUUUUCACGGUGAUCAAAAGAAAAGGGGGAGAUACCAUUAGAUUAAAUAUAAACGAACGAUAUCCGAUAUCUGUAAUAUCUGUUUAUUAAUAGCAAUUUCUUUCUAACUACAAUUAAAAUCGUAAUAAAUAAAUGCUGGUAAUUUUAGUUA